CUCGCGAGAUUUGAGCUCGCUGAGUGAAGCUUGAGUUCGGCCCGCGCUUCUCUCUCUCCCCGGCACCGGCCCCACCGCGGAGGGGGGCGGACACAACCGGCAUGGCCUCCGCUCUGGAGCAGUUCGUCACCAGCGUCCGCCAGCUGUCCUCCCAAGGGCAAAUGACUCAGCUGUGUGAGCUCAUCAACAAAAGCGGAGAGUUGCUGGCAAAGAACCUCUCCCACCUGGACACGGUGCUGGGGGCCCUGGAUGUGCAGGAACAUUCUCUGGGGGUCCUCGCCGUUUUAUUUGUGAAGUUUUCCAUGCCCAGUAUUCCUGAUUUUGAGACCUUGUUUUCUCAAGUCCAGCUCUUUAUCAGCACUUGCAACGGAGAACACAUUAGAUACGCUACAGACACCUUUGCUGGUCUAUGCCAUCAGUUAACAAAUGCACUUGUGGAGCGAAAACAGCCCCUGAGAGGAAUCUGUGUUCUCAGACAAGCCAUAGACAAGAUGCAAAUGAAUACGAAUCAACUGACCUCAAUUCAUGCAGAUCUUUGCCAGCUUUGUUUGUUAGCAAAAUGCUUUAAGCCGGCUCUUGCUUAUUUAGACGUAGAUAUGAUGGACAUCUGUAAAGAAAACGGUGCUUACGAUGCCAGGCCCUUCCUGUGUUACUACUACUAUGGGGGCAUGAUCUACACGGGGCUAAAGAACUUUGAGAGGGCGCUUUAUUUUUACGAACAGGCAAUCACAACGCCGGCCAUGGCAGUCAGUCACAUCAUGUUGGAAUCUUAUAAAAAGUAUAUCCUAGUUUCUUUGAUACUUCUAGGGAAAGUUCAGCCGCUGCCUAAAUAUACCUCGCAGAUCGUCGGUAGAUUUAUUAAGCCUCUUAGCAAUGCCUACCAUGAACUAGCACAGGUCUAUUCAUCCAACAACCCGGCAGAGCUGCGGAACCUGGUGAACAAACACGGCGAGGCAUUUACCAGAGACAAUAACAUGGGGCUGGUGAAACAGUGUCUGUCCUCCCUGUACAAAAAAAAUAUUCAGAGACUUACCAAAACGUUUCUUACCCUCUCCCUACAAGACAUGGCUAGUCGAGUUCAGUUAACUGGUGCUCAGGAGGCCGAAAAAUAUGUUCUGUAUAUGAUAGAAGAUGGAGAAAUCUUUGCAAGUAUUAAUCAGAGGGAUGGAAUGGUGUGCUUUCAUGAUAAUCCAGAAAAAUACAACAAUCCAGCUAUGCUUCAUAAUAUCGAUCAGGAGAUGCUCCGAUGUAUAGACCUUGAUGACCGGUUAAAAGCAAUGGAUCAGGAGAUCACCGUGAACCCACAGUUUGUUCAAAAGAGUAUGGGCUCACAAGAUGACGACUCAGGAAGCAAGCCAUCCAGUUACUCUUGAAGGGGAGAAUUUCCUGCACCUCCCAAACUCCAGAAUGUGGAUCGUCAACAAUGCAAAACGUUCUCAAUUCAGCCUAAAACACGUCUUCGCAAAAGCAAUUGGGAGAAGCUCCAUUUUUGCCCGGACAUUUAAAUAAACCUGGAAAACCAAUAUUUAUGACGUCUCUCUCUGUCCUGUAUACGUUACCAGUUAUAAUCUGAGGGACGGAAUACAAACCUAUACAAAUAAAGUCUGUUGUGAAUUUGUCU